AUGUUCUUCCAGAUGGACGAACCACACGAUGAACGCCUCCCGGUGAAGCUGCAAUUAAGUCAAGACAAACUACAGCAGGAAGCCAUCGCGCACUCAAGGCUACCCGAAGCUGACAAGAGGAACCCAACUACCGCUAUCAAACAAGUUACUGCCGAUAAAGCAGCCGCCGUCGAUGCAGAAGAGAUUGAACGUAUCACGGGCACAACCGACGAAGACACAGACGCCAGGAAACACGUCCCGAUACAGCGAAAAGCACGCAUGAAGACGACUCCCGCGCGUGCUCUCGAAAAACGUCGCCGCGAGGACGUACAAGCAGAGGCCGAGUUCCAGAAGAAACUGAAAGGCAACUACGCCGUUAGUGAGGCCAAACGCGAGGUGAUUCGAGGCAAGGAGGAAGAGUUCGUCAAGGGGGACCAGGCUGCAAGGAAAACCGCUCAGCAGAUCGAAGAUGCUCUCAAGUUUCAUUACCACUCGCCUUUCGGCGCGGGUGAAAAGGGCAUGAAGUGUACUGAGGAGGAGAUGCGGAAGGCUCUGACAGCAAAGGCGGCUAGAGGUGAGAAUCCUUUUCUCAGCUUCCAAGGGUCAGCAGGGGUGAAGCAGUAG